AUGGCACGAGUCGAAACCACCUUUGGAGCAGAUAGCUCGGCCGUCCGAACCCCCAACCAUGCACCCUCCAGCCGUGAUCCCGCAGCAUCGCCCCAGUCGCCAGUUGGCCCCUCAGACGAAACAAAAGACGGACCUCGCACUGAAAUUUUGCAAACAGCUGCGGGGGGCAUUGAGACCAGUGGUGGUAGCAAUGUCGGUAGAUCCAGUCGUGCUGUAGACCAUGACCGAGAGCACGCUGGAAAUCGUCACAAUUCGGUUUUCUCGCAGCAAGCGAGCCCUCCGCUCACGACUGGCAUCGGAUUCAACAUCGCUGAGCUGGCAGCAAAAGCGCUUGAAACUGCGGGAGUCCCGGAGUCACAAGAUCUACCGAAGCCUGAGACAGCGGGUCAUACGGCUGCGCACUUUGCAGUUGUUAUACCCAAGCCAGACGAUGAAAGUCAAGUUCAAACCGGUCAGGGAAGCGUAGGUACGAAAUUUGCCGAGCAAUCCAAGAGGCAGACACGCGGCAUGAAUGCAACAACAUCCGAGAGCCUCAACCGACGGAACUGGAGCGCCACAUCUAGAACCGUACCACCAACCAUCGAGGACACUGCCGGCGAGACAUUGAGCACCGGGAAGUCAACAGGAAUGGAAAACCUCCCCAGGGUCGCAGUAAGCAACACACCACAGAGUGGCUCGGGUGUUGAUGGCCUUCCAAGAUCAGGAUCAAAACCCCAGACUACCAGCUUGGACAACACUGGAGAGACAAUUGAGACUGAAGAUUCAACUGAAGCUGCCGAUGCUGGCUUCCGGCUGGGAGGAGUGCUUCAGACCGAAGUACAAGGCGCCAGAGCAGCUGCACCGCAGGCUGCUACAGCACCGCGGACAUCCACAAAAGGAAAACGGAAAGCAACGGCUGGCCACACGGCAAUCAAAAGGCUUAGAAAGGCUUUCGGCACAGAAACCGUACUACUAACCACCAAGGACACUGCCGACGAGACAACGAGGGUAGCCCGUCUACAAUUUGGGUUUCGCCGAUGCGCCCGCUACACCCUUAAGAAGCAACCAACGGAGACGUCCAUUAUCGGUGUGAAGGGGUCAAUUCGCUGUGAAUCACGGUCACAGCACGCUGAAAGUCGUCGCGACUCGGUUUCUUCGCGGCGACGUGAACUUUGGGUACUGAAGGCCGAAAUGAUGGAGCACUUUGAUCAAAAUGCGGCCUCCGCAGCCGCCGCAGCCGCGCUGCACGAACUCAUUUACCAGGCAGAGAACAACCUCAUUACGCACUAUGACGUAGCUGUACUAAAUGACGGCAUCGCUUAG